AAAUAGUAACAGCUUGAAAAUCUAAGUUCCUUGUUGUCUUUGAUUAUGGUUCUUACCUACAAACAAGGUUACUUGUCACCUCAACCAUUUCUCAUCAGAGACAUAACAUCUAGGUUUCCACCUCCACUAAGCUUCUCGCUUAAACUUCAAGGCCAACCAAAACUCAGGAGCAUUGUUAAAAUGUCAGCGACUGAAGUCACAAAUCCGACAAUCUCAUACGAGUCCUUCGCAGUAAAGCCUCCUUUGCAUCCUACUUAUGAUUUGAAGGGCAUUAUAAAGUUGGCACUUGCAGAAGAUGCUGGGGAUCUAGGUGAUAUAACAUGCUUGGCCACCAUUCCAUUUGACAUGGAAGUGGAAGCUUAUUUCUUGGCGAAGGAGGAUGGCAUCGUUGCUGGAAUUGCACUUGCAGAGAUGAUAUUUAAUGAAGUUGAUCCUUCUUUAAAGGUGGAGUGGUCUAAAAAAGAUGGAGAUUUUGUCCAUAAAGGACUACAGUUUGGAAAAGUUCAUGGACGAGCACAUAACAUUGUUGUAGCGGAAAGGGUGGUGCUAAACUUUAUGCAGAGGAUGAGUGGCAUUGCAACUUUAACCAAGGCAAUGGCAAAUGCAGCAUCCCCUGCUUAUAUACUGGAGACUAGAAAAACUGCUCCGUGUUUACGUUUGUUGGAUAAGUGGGCGGUAUUAAUUGGUGGAGGACGUAAUCAUAGAAUGGGUUUGUUUGACAUGGUUAUGAUAAAAGAUAAUCAUAUAUCAACAGCUGGAGGUGUUACAAAUGCCCUAAAAGCUGUCGACCUGUAUCUGGAGAAAAAUAGCCUUCAAUUGGAGGUUGAGGUUGAGACUAGGACUCUUGAGGAAGUGGAAGAAGUACUACAGUAUGCAUCUCAAACAAAGACUUCUUUAACUCGAAUAAUGUUGGAUAAUAUGGUUGUACCUUUAUCAAACGGAGAUGUUGACAUAUCUAUGCUGAAAGAAGCUGUGCGGUUGGUCAAUGGGAGAUUUGAAACUGAGGCUUCAGGCAAUGUUACUAUCGAUACAGUACAUAAAAUCGGGCAAAGUGGAGUGACCUACAUUUCUAGUGGUUCCUUGACUCAUUCAGUGAAAGCACUUGAUAUCUCCCUCAAAAUUGAUACUGAAUUGGCGCUUAAAGUUGGAAGGCGCACCGGAAGAGCUUGAUUAUGAUAUCUCUUAUAUCAUUCCUUGCUGGUCUUCACUACGCGGCAUAUGCCUUAUUUUGAAAUCUAAUAUGACCUUCAUGAAGUAAUGAAACACAACUCAAAUAAUAUAUAUAUAGCAUUUAGUAGAUUUCUCUUCUCUGUUAACAAGAAAGCUUGAAGCUUUGAUAUGAAAUACUUUUUUUUGCCAUCAAUUUGCUAGAUGGUGGCUAGAAUGACUAAGUGAUGUUACACCAGUUAGGAUGAUAGAAUAAUAAGCAUUGCUUUCAGAAACAUUGAACAAGAGAGAGAGAAGAAUAAGAGUAAGAUAAGAUAUAAAUCAAGUUAGAUUUUAUCCUAACCUAUGUAUGAGUAUGGUAAGAUAUUAUUUGUUCUAAUGUUUUAUGCAUCUAAUAAUUUGUGGGACAAUA